AUGGGUGCGCAGUUGCACAGCCUCCCGCCUCUGACGCGUUUGGCAAUCUGCAGCGCAGCAGCGUUUCUGCUGCUCUUCUUCCGGCGCUUGGGUGAUGCGCCUGCCCCGGGUGCAAGAAGCAUCCGUCAGAUACAGCUGACAUCGGAGCAGGUGCAUGACAGCUACUUUACGAACCGCCAGUCAAUGCGUGGCUCUGGGGCAGCUGUUGUGGAGUUUCGAUGGUAUUUCCUGGACGAUGCAGCUACAGGCGUGCCAGUCGGAAGCGCUUUCCGAACGCGUCUUGCGGCUCUCGAUGCACAGGGCCGCCCCGCGAAGUGUGAUGGCCUGCGUGUGAACGUCAGCCAGGAGCCAAGAGCCUGA